AAAGUUGGAUUUGAAUUUAUGUUUUGUAAUAUUUUCUACUCUUUCGUGAAUUUCUAUCAACCUUACUCGAAUAUCAUGAAAAGAAUUAGUGAUUGUUAUGAGGUUUCAACGCCAGGAAAGCAGCACAUUUUGGAGUGUAAUAUGAGCAAUCGAGAAAGUCUGAACGAGAGUUUGUUCAUGGAUUAUGACCAAAUUUCUGAAGACUAUGACUUUGUCACGUAUGCGUUGUUGCGAGAGAAGAGAUCGUCUAAAAAUAACAACAUGAAGACUUCUCAUGUUAUCACGUCGACUCUGAAUACUGAAAAAUCAUUGGAAACGUAUCUCGAUGAGUACGGUAAAUUCCCGCUUCCAGAUUGGAUGACCGCUGUGAUCGUUCGUGAUAUUGCCAACGCACUGCUUCAACUGCACAGCAACCAAGUGCUCCAUGGAGCUGUUACGCUCGAAAAUAUUUUUUUGAUGAAGGAUGAGCCAUCGUUUUGCUUAUUGACAAGUAGAUCACAUGCUCGGAAAAUGGAAUCGGAUAAAAUCAUGGAUUCUCGUGCUGUUGACAUUUCUCAGCUUGGAUCAGUUCUUUUUCGUUGUUUAACCGGCCAUGAACACGGAUCUAUAAAUCUAGACAGCUUGCCGUUUGUGAUUUCACCUGAAGGCGUCAAGCUGGCUCAAAAAAUGAUGGCUCGUAAAUUCUGUGAAUCCGUUCAUUAUAUCAUCAAUCACACGUUCAUCAUUGAAAACAAAAAAUUGUCAACUGCUCGUUUCUUGAAUCUGAACUCAAACUAAUCUAGUUUGCCUCUGAAAAUGAAUCUGUUCUU